ACUGUCACAAAACAGCCCAUGAGCGGUGAGCGGAGCCCAUGUGUUUAAAAAUUUUAAAAAUAAAUAAUCGUAAAAAUUUUAAUUUUAUGAUUCAAAAUGCAACAGGCACAUCGUGCUGGAAAUCUCAAACAGAGUAAUAAGUCCCAUAAAUCUCGUCAUAGAUCGAAAAGGGGAAUUUCAGCAGCGGUUAAAGGUAAAGUGAAUGUGAAGGAGUUUGUGCGCCGAAACCGUCAUAUAUUAAAGAAGGAAGAAAGACGGCACCAGGCUUUGCAGAUACGUAAGAACAAACGCGAGGAAGUGCUCGCUAAGAAACGUGGACUUGGUGGUAAUCGCAACCCACCGUUCCUUGUGUGUGUUGUGCCUUUGAACGCACAACUGGAUGUGCAGUCCGCACUGGUCAUACUGAAGACAUGUUCUGAAGGUGCCGUCGUAAGUCAAUCUCCAAAUGGGAUCUUGCAUAUUGGGUUACCCAAUUUCAAGCAACGUUUUUCAUUCAUAUGCCCUGAAAUAGACAAUGACUUUAGUUUGAUUGAUGCACUCAAAAUUGCAGACACAGUGCUAUUCGUCAGUUCUGCACUUGAUGAACCGGUAGACGAAUGGGGUGAGAAGGCUCUAGCGUUGUCUAUGGCUCAGGGGAUGCCUACCCCAGUGGUAGUAGCUAUGGACAUAGAGGGGGUGAAUCCAAAAAAAAGAACAACAGAAAAGCAAAAUGUACAAAAACUAAUAUCUAAAUGGUUGCCAGAUGAAAAGAUCAUGCAGCUAGACAAAUCCUCUGAUGGUUUAAACGUUUUACGUCGAAUUGGCAAUCAAAAAAGAAAAGUCAUACACCAUAGGCAGAAAAGACCAUACAUGCUCGCCGAAGAGGUUGAAUACUUACCGGACAAGGAAGGUGAUAGUGGUACUUUAAAACUGAGUGGCUACUUGCGGGGAAUGCCACUAAAUGUCAACAGUUUGGUUCAUAUAACAGGUCUGGGAGACUUUCAGAUGACUAGAAUAGAUGGAUUAGAUGAUCCCCACCCUUUGAAUACUGGCAAAGAGAAUAUUAAAAGUGAUACAAUGGACGCAGAGGUUACUCAAGUGUCAGUCUUACAAGUUGCCGAUCCAGCCAAGCAAGAGUCUUUAUUGGCAGAGAAUGUACCAGAUCCUAUGGACGCUGAACAGACCUGGCCUACAGAAGAGGAAAUCAAAGAAGCUAAUCUGGAUACUAAAAAGAAGGUCAAAAAAGUUCCUAAAGGCUGGUCUGAAUACCAAGCAGCGUGGAUAGUAGAGUCUGAUGCAGAAGGUGAAGGGGAUGGUUCUGACCAUGAUAGUGAAGAUGAUGAAGAGAAUGAUGAGUUCAUGUCCUGUGAGGAGGAUGAAUCUGACCAAGAAGUGAAUGCUGACGACAAUGACUUUGAAUCAGUCGCUGAAUCAGAGAUGGGGCCAACAGAUGAGAAGUAUGAUGCAACAAUUGACUCUUUCGAAGAACACGAAAUGCUUAAAAAGCUCGCUGCAGCAAGAGAAGAUCAGCAGUUCCCUGAUGAAGUGGACACCCCACAGGAUGUGCCUGCGAGAGAGAGGUUCAUGAGGUUUAGAGGGUUGGAGUCCUUCAGGACAUCAGCUUGGGAUCCCAAGGAAAAUCUUCCUGUAGAUUAUGCCAAGAUAUUUCAGUUUGAAAACUAUGAACGGACAAGGAAGAGGGUUUUCAAGGAACUUGAAGAUAGUCUUAUUAAUAUGUAUGGGUUUUAUAUAACAAUACACGUGAAAGGUGUGAGGCAAGACCUAUGGAAGGCGUACCACGAGGCCAACUCUGAGGCUCCAAUGUCAGUGUUUGGUCUGUUGCCUCAUGAACACAAGAUGUCAGUAAUGAAUGUUGUGCUCAAACGCACGGGUGUCAGCGACGAACCAAUCAAAAGCAAGGAGCGCUUGAUCUUCCAAGUUGGAUACAGAAGAUUCAUUGUAAACCCCAUUUUUAGUCAACAUACUAAUGGAACUAAACAUAAGUACGAGAGGUUCUUCCAGCCGGGCGCGACGUGUGUGGCGACGUUCUACGCGCCGAUACAGUUCAGUCCCUCCACGGUGCUGUGCUUCAAGGAAAAGAAGAACACAAAGUUGCAGUUGGUCGCUUCAGGGGUGCUGCAGUCUUGCAACCCCGACAGACUUGUCAUCAAACGGAUAGUGCUCUCCGGACAUCCUUAUAAGGUGAACAAGCGGUCGGCGGUGAUCCGGUUCAUGUUCUUCAACCGCGACGACGUGCUGUACUUCAAGCCGUGCAAGCUGCGCACCAAGUACGGACGAAGUGGACACAUCAAGGAGCCUUUAGGCACGCACGGGCACAUGAAGUGCGUGUUCGACGGGCAACUCAAGUCGCAGGACACGAUCCUGCUGAGUCUGUACAAGCGCAUGUUCCCCAAGUGGAGCUACGAGCCCUGCGUCGUCACGCAGCCCGACCGACAGAGCGACCGCAUGGACUGAUAUAUGCACUAGCAAUAAAUGAUUACUAUGUA